GAAGUGCUUUACAGAAAGUGGCGUCCCCGCGCCCUAGAUGAAGUCGUAGGGCAGGCGACCGUCACCAAUACGCUCAAGAACGCCGUCACCAGCGGUCGGCUGACGCAUGCGUACCUGUUCUGCGGGCCUCGCGGGACCGGCAAAACGAGCACUGCCCGCAUACUGGCAAAGGCCGUCAACUGCCUUGAUCCCCAGAAUGGGGAGCCUGACAACGCCUGUGAAAACUGCCUAGCUGUCAUCGAAGGCCGUGCACUCGACCUUAUUGAGAUCGACGCUGCCAGCAACCGAGGCAUUGACGACAUUCGCGACCUGAGCGACAGGAUUGGCUUCGCGCCUACCCAAUCGCAAUACAAGGUCUACAUAGUGGACGAAGUCCACAUGCUGACGGACGCUGCGUUCAACGCGCUCCUCAAGACGCUUGAGGAGCCACCAGGUCACGCGAUCUUCAUACUUGCCACAACAGAGGUGCACAAAGUACCACUCACAGUCGUAUCCAGAUGUCAGAGGUACGACUUCCGACGCAUUCCGAUCGAAGCGAUGCACCAGAAACUGGCCCAGUUGAGCGCGGCAGAGGGCGUGGAGGCGGAAGCGGAAGCACUGGAUCUGAUCGCGAGGCACUCGACCGGCAGCCUAAGGGACGCGGAGAACGCAUGA